CCGCGUCGGUUCCCUGGGGCCCGCUUGCGCCGCCCUUCUCUCCUCGCUCCCUUCGCUGCAGCACAGCUGUUCCCCACUUCUCCCCCGCUUCGCCUUUUCGCUGCUGCGGCGCGCUCCCACCCGCCGCCAUCGCCUGUUCCCGCCGGCUGCUCCGUCGCCGUCGUCGGACCUGGCCGAGGUCCUGUCUCACUAGCCCAUACGGAUGAUAGAGGAACGAACAUGCAGAAUGAUGUCACAGUCCAAUCAUGCGCAUGACCAUAUCUGCAUAUCUAGACCAUUAUGCAGUCCAUGAUAUCUGCACAUGAGCAUAUCUGCAUAUCUAGAGCACAAAACACAUUAUGCAGUCCAUGAUCGACCAAAUCCAAAUUAUAUGAAAUAAACUGAUAUGCUGCAAAAAUCACAAUGGAUCAUUUUAUUUUGAAACUGUUAACACUAAUCACACACAAUGUUUUUUCAGUGCCCAUGCAAAGAACGAAGACAGGCAAUAUGCUUGGAGACGAACGAUGCGCCCCAACAAUAAUUCAGUCACAUUGUAUUAUUGCUAGGGUUUUAUAGAUCGUCUCUAGGCAGCAUGGAAUUCAAUGUGGCUUCAUCGUAUCCAUCUGAACAAUGAUUAGGGUAUAUCGACACAACAACCUUUCCUCAUUGUCUCAUGGUUUCCUAUAGCGAUUGUCAUGUGGCUGAUGAACAAUAUUGUUUUUCCAAUACUUUUGUGCCUACAAGCUUAGUCUAUAGGUUAUAUACAACAAAUAUCCUCUUCCUUAUUCUGUUUUAAAUUUGAUAACAAGGUGUUAAUGAUAAUAGCAUUUAUGCUUCUUGUGCAAUUUUGUCCAUCUUCUGGUCCAGAGCAUCUAUGCUUUACUCUUAUGCUUUUCUAUGAAAAUGCAUAGAACAGUUAGUUGUUUUAGUUUUGUACAAUCAAAACAAAUUCCAGUGCUGCCAUUUCACAUGUUAGAUUAAAGAUGUGAUUGUGCCUACAUUGCAGCAUACCUUGGAUCAGCUCGAUUCUAAUUCUCGCUUCCUCACUGUUUUGUUUCUCUCAUGUUUGCCCUCCAAGAAACAAAGUUACCUUGCUGUAUCUGAAUUUCGCAUGACUUUAGUUCCUCUUGUUUACAAGUAACCUGAUCAUUUUUUUAUUUGCAUCUUUUCAUGUCCUGCAAUUCUUUACCACUUCCCGCUCAUUUGUGUAUUAGUCUAAUGUUAGUGCUACACCAUAAUUAGAGAGACUACAUACACCUUUUGCUAUAGUUCAAAGAAGAAACAGAUACCUACAACCAAAUGUUCUAUACUCUUCCAAUCAUAUGAAAAAAAAAAUCUACUUUCUAUGUAUCACAUUGAGUACAUUAUAUCAUAUUGUAUUGUCUUUUGAUAGCCUAUUCAGCGCCACUGAGUCAGGUCUGACCAGGGGUCGCGCAGCAAAGCGCGCCCACCUGACGAAUUUGGCCUUCACUAGCGAUCUCCUAUCAUUUCAUUGUUGGAAGGUGGAGUCAUUGCGAGAAGUAAAAUAGUUCAUUCUCUGUCCAACAUCUCAUAUUCUUUUCCUAUCUCCAAAAGUUUGUUUUUUAAGUUUCGACAGCAUACACAUUUUAUGCUUAUGUUCACACAAAUACCUAUUUCCUGCAAGCGGGGGAUUCGUCAACGCCUUGCCAUCAAGGAAGAUGUGGUUUUCCUGUUUCAGUUCAUUGUCUCACCAAUUUAUUUGCCUGACCCCCAUUACCUGAUCCAUGUGAAUGAUUGACCAUCAGAUUUACCUUUACAAAUAUUCUUCAAACUGAUGAUGCCUGUGAUUUUCUUUUACAGGUUGUGCGCGCUACCAAAAGAUAAAAGGAAUUCUCGCACGUCAAGCUAGCCGAGUUUCCUGUUGUGGCUCCUACAUCAAAUCUUGAGCAUCACUUUUGCUUGCAGGCUCCUGCAUCCAGUACACUAUGUAAGGAACGAUACUGCACUGAUGCAUUGGAUAUGAGUUUCAGAGGUGAGGGAAGAGCAUUGGCUCAUGAGGCAACGAAUCAAGCUGGAAAAUUAUGUUCCAAAUUGGGAUAUGAAAUGUCUGCUGAUGUUUUGGCACAAUGGAUUGCAGAUAGAACCAAGAUCUGGACUCAGUAUGGUGCCAAGAGACCUUCUGGAGUUGUUGCUAUGAUUUUGGGCAUUGAUGAAGAGAAAGAAACUCCACAGCUUUCUACAUGUGAUCCUGCUGGGUAUUUCUUGAGUCACAAGGCAGCAAGUGCUGGUCAAAGGGAUAGGGAGACUGUCAACUUUCUUGAGAAGAAAACGAAGAACAAUCCUUCACUAUCAUUUCAGGAAACCGUUCAGAUGGCAAUACCAGCAUUGCAGUUCGUACUGAAGGUGGACGUGGACCUCAAAGCCAAUGUCCAGGCGCUUGAUGUCCCCGGCAUGUACCGCCACCAGGAUACCCAAGUAUCGGGUGGUGAAGAGACUACAUUAAGGUUUUCGAUAUUGAGAAAGUGGUAUAAAGCCCUUGAAAGCUUAAGAGCUGAUAUUGAGUUUGCUAAGAAAAGGAGACUUUCAACUUCUGCUCCAAAGACAGUCAGUUCGCUCCAGAAUGGAGUUGUGUUCUCACUUAAUGGAUCAAAAUUCAUGAUUCUCUUUAGUUACAUCAACGCCAUAAUUCAUUACCGGCUUUGGAAUUAUGUAAGGAGAACCUGUGUGGAUUUGCAAAUAAUAUUUGGAACAGACAAGAAAUUUUAUACCACAGCUUGUGAAGAUACCUUCCAUCUUCUGGUUGAGUUUGAUGAAGAUCUAAUUGAUCUGAUCAUUGAUGGCAAACAGUCUUGGUUCCAUGCUAUAAUCAAGAAGAUCUAUUCCAUCAAGUUUCUUCGGACUGGUAAUGAUGACUACAUGGAGGGAGUGGACUGCAAAGAGUUGAAUUUUUUAGGCCAAUACAAGGAUAUAGCACCCAACAAUGAUGCUGGAGAAAUUCCCAUUGGUAUACCUGCUCUUAAGAGUGCAUUCAAGGCUUCUAGUGAUUAUUGUGGACAAACAUCCGCUGAAUUACAGAAAGCUAUUGGCACGUGGGUUAUUUAUUUUGGUGAGUCACCAAAAUUUCACUAUGUCUUCUUGGCAUGCUGCAAAUCUAUAGUCAUGGAAAAGUUCGACACGCUAAAUAAAGUUGACAAAGGUCUAGGGUUGAUGGUCAGAAAAUGGGGUUUCCUUUGUAGCAUUGCUAUGCGAUGGGUGCUGAACCUUGGGUAUCCUGAACCAGAGACAUUGUCAGAUCACGUUCAAUCAGACAAUACAGCAAGCGUGCACGAGGCCACGCUAUGCGUGGGGGCAACGAAAACCGAAAGGCGGCUCAAUUGAGAUGAAGGAGGUGCACACCUGGUGGCGGUACAUGCCGGGGACAUCAAGCGCCUGGACAUUGGCUUUGAGGUCCACCUUCAGUGCGAACUGCAAUGCUGAUAUUGCCAUCUGGAAACGGGAGAAGAUUAAAUCAAAACUGGACUGAACCACAGUAACUCACAACUUCACAAGCACAGAAUAUGGAAUAGCUAACACCCUAUUGUAUUAUGCGUUGACACUUGACAGGAAUCGAUAUGAUAAAAAAAUCAUGCAAAAAACAUCGCAAAUAAAAAGGUUAUGCUCAAACUAAUUUUAAAAAGACACCAGGAAGAUGGUCAUGCGCAGUAAA